UGCGUCUCGAGUCUAACCGGUUACGUAGUCCUUAUAAUAAAAGUAACGCGCGAUUUAAAAAAUAGUGUCACCUAAUAAUGAAAAUUUUGGUAGUAUUAUUUGCUGUUGCAAGUUUGACGUCCGGUAUUCAAUACAAUGGACUAAGAGUAAAAUUUGGCUGGACUGAUGCGCUCGCUGACAAGGAGUACUUCUAUAAAAUACCCCGAACUAUCACGCAGGCAGAGAAUGAAGGAUGGCGGAGAACAGAACGUCCACCUGGACCAAUGGAGGAGCUACGUCUCUACUGUUCAACUGGGCGAACUCUGUGUCCCUUAUAUGAUCCUACGGGAUUUGUUUCGGGUAUACAAUUAGCCUUCCCGGUAGAUGAGCUGGUAUCGCCGUCAUUUAGACCUGAACAGAGAUUCGUUAAGUGGAACCCUCCAGCAUCAGACACAGAGCCUGCGAGAGAAUAUUGGUCAAUUACACAGUAUUUAGUUUCUGAGGAGUCCCUUAAAGCUGGUGCUGGUCCACAAGUGGAAAACGGUGCAACUUUACAAGAUGGCGGCGUAUUUGUUAAUGAUCUCGACGGUCAACUCAUGCGCAUUCCUAGCACCGAAGCAGAACUCAACACUACCCUUUUCAAGAAACAGAACUGUAUACCUAACAUGGGAACCCAUUAUCACUACAACAUGACGAAGGAAAAGUCAUGUGACAACCUACUGCCUUGGUUCGCUCUCACAAAUAAGGGCUACUUAGUCGGUGUUGGUUUCCAGAUCAUCGGCAAGCUGACCAAACCACCCAAGGGCAGGGAUUGGUUCGAAGUAUACAAUAGCAGAGAGAUUGCUGAGAUGACGAUCCCCUUUGCCCCGGAAUGUCUUUACAAAUUGACGGAAACCUACCCCGUUUUAUCUCUCCACAUUUACUACAUCGACAACCCUUGGACAAUAAAAUGCCGUGAUGGGGACUCCGCCAAGCCCGCUGGUGUUGUCAAUCGGCUGCUUCUUAAUGGAGAACGAUAUAUGUCUGUUCUGUGGGACAUGACGAAGAAGGCGUUUACUGGAUAAAAACUUAAAAGGAUGCAAUAGACGUAACACUUUUUUGAAAAUGCUGUAUAAAUAACUGUUCUUGGAUAUUAUUUGUAUUAAAAUUAUUCAAAAGUCUUGUAAGCCAAUAGUGCAGUUUUUGAAUGUUCAUUCAUCAAGAA